UAGGAGUCUUUGAGGGAGUGCUCCUGUUCAGGGUUCCAGCUAGGCAGUCAUGCCCUGAUCCAGGAUAUUCUUUGACAUCCUCCCAUCCCUGUUUCCCACACUUAAUAUUCUAAUCUCAGACUCAAGACAAGACAAACUUUUUGAUUCUCACUUCUUUCGACCUGCAGAGAUCUCAAUGUCCUGCAAAGAGCCCAUCAUGAAUAAGAUAAUUGUGUAUGACAAGGCUAAUUUUGAGGGGCUCAGCAAAGAAUUUGCCUGCGACAUCCCGGACCUGCAUGACCUGGAUUUUGGUGACUGCAUCUCCUCGCUGAAGGUGAUUGGGCAGCCUUGGGUGGCCUACAACGUCCCCAGGUUUGAAGGGGAUGGUUUUGCUUUUGAGGAAGGAGAUUAUGGAGAGAUUGACAGCAGCAACAAAAUCUCCUCCCUCCGAUUAGUUCACCAAGAUCUCUCCGAUCCUCAGAUCACCCUGUAUGAGGACCCCAACUUUGAAGGGCAGAGCAAGGUAGUGAAGGAGGAGACCAACCUCACCUAUGGUUACUUCAAUGACCGUGUUUCCUCCCACGUAGUACAGAGGGGAGUCUGGCUGUUGUACAAGCGCCAAAACCGUGGUGGAUGGUACCACAUUGCCUGGCCAGAGGAGCGCAUUCACGAUUACAAAACACAGCUUAAUUUUGAUGACAGCGUAUCCCACCUGCAUCCCCUCCAGCCUGGCCGCCCCAUCAUCACUGCCAAGCUACUGUGGGACCAGAAGAAAGUGGAGACUGAGAAGGACAUUCUGAUCGACGAGAUAGUGGGGACCAACUGCACCGAAUACGAGCAAGCCUUCACCGCCAACACCUGUCGGGAGUACACCGCCACGGUUUUCCAGAGUUUCCACUUCAGCAAUACCACGUCCCUCAAACUGGGCUUCUCUUUCCAGGUCACUGUGGGAGGUGCCAACAUCUUUGUGGUGGAGAAGGGGAAGCAAGAGUCUACCACCACCAGCGAGAAGGUGGAAGUUCUGCUGCCGGCCAAGAUCCCUCCGUGCACCCAGCUCUCUAUUCAAGUGAUCAAGAAAGAGACCACCACCACAGUGCCAGUUGAACUCACAAUCUGUCAAAAUGGGAAAGAAAAGACAGAGCACGCGGAAUAUCAGUGUGUGUCAGGCCGUACCAUCAGCACCAGAUAUACCAUGACACCCGCUUCAGCAACACAGGACGCUUCCCAAGCUAACCUGAUAUCCAGAAGGGUGUAGGGGGACUGCUGCCAUGCACACCAAACCCUCACAUGUGGAGUGAGAGGGACAUUUCCAAGCUCAGGCCAGGCCAGUAACAUAGUGGGAAGGAACCUAAGCUAAACUCCUGUGGAGAACCUGGCAAUGGCUACUUCCAGACUGUAUUCAGUAUGGAGGAGGAAGAGGAAAGUUAUGCUUAGUUAUAUUGGGGCACGGUGACGGUUUCGGGGAUUUGUACGAUUAGAUGGUUUGGGGAUGACAUUGUAAGUUAUUAAAAUAGUUAAAAUGGUAAUUUCUAGGUGUAAAAUUCAAGGAUCCUCUCAAGGAUGUACCACUCUAAGCAGGUCAACUGCAAAACCAAGCAUGGCUUUUUUGAUCUACCCCAUCCAGAACAUCUCUUGCUAUCCUGUUAUUACCUGGCAGGAGUUGGCCAGUCAAUGACCUGCCUUGGAGGAGGAUAAACUCAGGCAUCUCUUUAAACUUGGGCUUUUUUGGUACCUCCUACCAUAGGCUACCGAGGGUAAACUUCUCAGUGAGGGAAGGAAUUGGUGAUUUGUAUUGUUCAGGAAAUUAGCCUCUCUGUGGGUUUUAAAUGGGAAAAUAAAUUGUUCAUUUAAUUUACAUGCAACACCAAACCAUAGUUUAUGGAUUUUAACUUAAGUAGUCCAGUUGUUGUUUCUCAUUAAAAAGGUUUCUUUUAUCUCAGUUGCUGAUGUUUUGUUUAACCAGGAUUCUGAAUGUAUUUUAAAAAUAUAACUUGUUUUUCACAAGGAAGGCAUAGUGCUAGGCAUGGGGAAAUAAAACUUAAUCAGUUAAAAGCUGCAGCCCUAAUGGUAGUAGAGUCAUUGUUCAUAAUAACGCAAAAGUGCCCACUUGCCUCCAUCUCUGCAUACCGAACUUUCUGUUCCACUUGUGCUAAUGUCCCCAGCCCCAAAUUAAUAUUCAACUGAUUGUGCAAAUGUGCCAUGAAACGAGGGGAAGCUGAGUCAAAAUCCAAUUGUCAUCUAGGCUUGGGUAACCAGAUGGCUGGCACAAGAAUUGGGAAAGAACUGGGAUAUAGGAUGACAGGAAAGGGUUGCUAAAAUGGGGAGUGUCU